CUUCCGGUGUCGCCACCUUCUUUGUCUCCGACCCAACAUUUCGACACCAGGGGUUGUCUUUUUUUUUCUUUUUAGUUUUGAGGAUAUAUUUACACAUAUAUCCCUUGUUUUCUUAUAUUGAAUGACAGUCGACUCUGAAAUAUUUAUGCCUAAAAGUAAAGCGCCCAAAAUGGAUGACCUGGACUACAUCCCAGUAGACCUGAGCCCAGAGGAGCGCUCUGAGCUAGAGGACAUCCGCAGGAGGAAGGGCGUCCUGCUGCAGGAGAUCCAGCGGCUCAGGGAGGAAUUGAGGGAGGCAAUUUUGGAGGUGGAGGGACUGGAGACCAGCACAGAGGGCAGUAAAACUCUACAGAAAAGCAGACAUGUGGCAAUGGGAAGGAAGAAAUUCAAUAUGGACCCUAAAAAGGGCAUCGUGUUUCUGGUGGAGAACGAGCUGCUCAGACACACUCCUGAGGACAUCGCUCAGUUCCUCUACAAAGGAGAGGGCCUCAACAAGACCGCUAUAGGAGAUUACCUCGGAGAAAGGGAUGACUUCAACAUUAAAGUGCUUCAGGCUUUUGUUGACCUCCAUGAGUUCACUGAUCUCAACCUCGUCCAGGCCCUCAGGCAGUUCCUGUGGAGUUUCCGUUUGCCUGGUGAAGCUCAGAAGAUUGACAGAAUGAUGGAGGCCUUCGCUCAGAGAUACUGUCACUGCAACCCCGGCGUCUUCCAGAGCACUGAUACAUGUUACGUGCUGUCAUUUGCUAUCAUUAUGCUGAACACAAGCCUCCACAACCCGAAUGUGAGGGAUAAACCUGGACUGGAUCGUUUCAUCUCCAUGAACAGAGGCAUCAACGAAGGAGGAGACCUGCCUGAGGAGCUUCUCAGAAAUCUCUACGAAAGCAUCAAGAAUGAACCCUUUAAGAUCCCCGAGGAUGACGGCAAUGACCUGACACACACCUUCUUCAACCCGGACAGAGAGGGCUGGCUUCUUAAACUCGGGGGACGAGUGAAAACCUGGAAAAGGCGAUGGUUCAUUCUUACAGACAACUGCCUUUAUUACUUUGAAUACACCACGGAUAAGGAGCCGCGGGGUAUCAUCCCCUUGGAAAACCUUAGCAUCCGAGAGGUAGAAGACCCAAGAAAACCUAACUGUUUUGAGCUCUACAUCCCCAACAACCGCGGUCAGCUGAUUAAGGCGUGCAAGACAGAGGCUGACGGCAGAGUAGUGGAGGGAAACCACAAUGUGUACCGUAUCUCAGCCCCCACACCUGAGGAGAAGGACGAAUGGAUCCACAGCAUCAAAUCUGCUGUCAGUGUUGACCCCUUCUAUGAAAUGCUUGCUGCCAGGAAGAAACGUAUAUCACUGAAGAAGAAGGAAGAACAACCGUAGAUUAUUUCCGUCAUUCUCCUCUCGUCUUCCUUCCUCAUGCUCAUCUCUCCUUCCAAUAUGGACACAAUUACAUCCCUACUCCUUAUCCCCCUGUUCAUAAGUUUGCUUUUAACUCUUCCCUGAUCCCAAGCAUAUCCUUCCCCCAAGAUGAGCACUUGCUAUCCUGUCUACCAUACUCUUGAAAGUCUCUUUCAAAGGAAGAGCUCAGCUGCAGCUGCCUCUUCUUCUCUGAAACUACUGCUGUUACACACAAACCUUCCACACUAUAGUCCGAGCACACAGUCUCACCUGUCAUCUCUCAACAUUCCUCUAAUCCUCGACUCUCAAGUGAACUGUGAAACACGUUUUAGACCAUAUUCACACAAAUGAUUGUUAUUGGCUUUCCAUCCACACUUCACCAUGCUCCCAAAUUAUGGACACAUUUGGAAACACAGGAUAAGGAGGUUUUAAGAAUGCAUUUAUGAAUCUUCUGUUUGCAGAGUUGUUCUGUAAACCAUUAAUGUUUUAAAAAGCAACAGAUAUUUGAAUCAGUCUGGGCAGUGCAGCUUUUUCUACAUUUGAUUUGUUAUUUCAAAGCAUGGUGAGCAGACUGUUUGGCUCAUAAUUUAAAAAGCUAUAGUGGAUUAUCAUCUUCUGAACAGGUACCUCUUGCAUUAGUGUGAAUAUGGUCUUAUUCAGGGUAGCAAGCAGCUUCAAUUCUUGUGAAAUCUUUUUCUUUCUUUUUUUUCAUAUUUCCCAAAGUAAGAUAUUGCCUUUCUUGAUUGUGCUUGCCCAGAAAAAAAUGUGAAUUCACUAUUCAGACACUACUAACGUAUUCUCAGAGUUGAUCAGAGAGGAUGGAUUAACCAUCUGAAGUCAAAGCAGAAACGUAUCUCAGAUUACUGAGAGGUGCACAUAGCUUCCUAUAGUAUUCCUUAUGGCUUUAAUACACACUACUACACUUAGAUACUGUAAACAUUGUAUGAGCAGAAUGGUCAAGUUACUGUGGAUCUACAAAAUCCAAUUGGGACCUGAGGCACCAAAGUUGUUUUACUUACUGAAUUAAUGGAGGAAAAGACAGGCAGCUUCUUUCCAAGCAGAUAGCUAUAUGUCUGUUCAUAUGGCUGUUUCCUAUCAUGUGUGAGCAAAUGCUGAGAAAACCAUAGUUUAUCUGGAGGCCUGUUCCUUUCUGUGACACUAAACUGAGCAACACGUCCUCACAGAUGUAAUAUCCCAGCAUGCCUCAGACCAUUUCUCUUCUGCUCAAGAAACACUACAACGUCUCUCUCUCACAAGUAAUUACUCUCAGACAUGUAACUGUUAAAGCUCGGUCUGUCCACUAUAGUGAGUUUCACAAAACCCACAAAGGCAGCUCAUUACAAUGUAUACUUUUUUUGUAAAUAGGCGUUAGCAUAUUUGUUUACGAUACACAUAGAAAUGAUUUAAUUUAUUCUUUAUCUUUUGUUAAAACCUGAUUUUUGUACGAGCUACUGUAGGACUGCAUGUUGUUAGACUGAGGCGUCAGUCCAGGUACUGAUGCAUCGCUGAUCAUGCUAGUGCACUGAUUUAAAAAGUGUUAGUGUUCCUUGUUGACUUUGAAAUAGCAUUUAUUAUAGAAAAUUAUUUGUGACUAGAAUAAAUUGUCUCGUUUUUUUUUCUAAGAAUAAGAAGAUAGAUGAUAAGAUAGGAGAUGUUUAGUAGUCUGGUUUAUCUCUUGACCACCCUGUUGGAUUUUAGAGUAAAUCAGACUCAGAUGAAGCACAAGCAGUCUCAUUUUAAGUUUCAGUUGCUGCCCAGUCCAUGUAAAGUGUUAUGAAGAUACUCAAAUGCAGACAUUUGAAUUUAAUAUCACAGCACAGUGUUAAAAGUGAAGAGACAACAAAACAAGGAACACUAACAAAGCUUUGAUUCAUUAUACUAUAGUACAAUUAUUCAAACGUAAUGAAUCAGUAACAAGUUUUAGAUUUGUGUCCAGUGAUAGAUUUGCCUGACAUCCAGUUCAUAAACUUAUUCCUAGUAGUUUAUCGGAUUGGCAUUUUUAGAUAGUAGUGAAUAUAACUGUCUGCUGCACUUUAUCAAUUGUUAGCAUUUUGGAGAAAAUGCUGUUACUUUGACUGACAUUACUUCAAUACUCUGUAGCACCCUCUGCUGGUGAUCACACACACUGCAAUAUGCUGAAGGAUGAACCAUGAACUGUGUAGAAAUAAUGUACAAUGCCACCGCCUGGUCAGCACCAGCUAUAGCCACAACAGUUUCUGACCAACCUGUACUGUAUCUUAUGUGCUUAUUUUGUCACCUGAUAAAGAACACGUUGUUUAAAGGAGAGGGUUUAGUUUUUUCUUUAAACGAUACAUGUGGACUUGCAUUAGUGAUGCAGCAAGUGAAAAUAUACAGAUCUAGGAUUGCCUUCUACCCCCAUUUAUCCAGCUGAUUAAGGCCUCACUGAAUUGUUCUGUGUAAGUGUUUCUACAUAUUACAUGGACUCCCUGCAGGCCUCACCUUCUGGGUAUUCUUGAUGUGCAAAGUUGCCAAAAAAGUAAUGUUGGAACAAACAGAUGUUAAGAUUAGAACAAAUGAAUGAAUAUUGAAAUGAUCAGAUUGCAACUGGGCCUUUGUUUCUGAUUCCUGUAACCCCAGAGCCACCUCUUUCAUAAAAAUGUGUUAAUUUUGUAUUUAUUUAUUUUUAUUUACUGUGAGGUGAAGAUGAAUAAAUCAUCUGUAAAUGUAGCAAAUGGAAAACCACGAUACACUGGUGCCAGUAAACUACUGUGUAACAAUAAAAAGUAAACGGAGA